AUGGCUGGCUUGACGAUCAAGUCGUCCGUCCGUCUUUCCUCGGGGUACAACAUGCCACUACUGGGCUUCGGCGUUUACCAAAACUACACGACGAGGGAGUCUGUUCUCCAGGCAUUUGCAGCGGGAUACAGACAUGUCGACUCGGCACAGGCGUACCGCAACGAGGCCCAUGUCGGGGAAGCAGUACGGGAGAGCGGGUUAGAUAGAGGAGAUUUAUUCAUCACUACAAAAUGUAUUAACAAGACGCACGGCUACGAGAGCACACUGCGUGGUGUGGACCUGUCCCUGGAGAAAUUUGGAUUUGGUACGUUCACCCGAUACAAUUAUGUUGACCUCUUCCUCAUCCAUGAUCCGAUGUCUGGAACGGAGAGACGACUGCAGACCUAUAAGGCCCUUCAAGAGGCUCGGAAGUCGGGGAAGAUCCGCAGUGUCGGGGUGUCUAACUAUGGUGUUAAGCACCUUGAAGAAAUCAGAAAAGCGGGCAUGGAGAUGCCGUCCGUUAACCAAAUAGAAUUGCACCCCUUCUGCCGACAGAAACCGAUUGUCGCCUACUGCAAGGAACACUCCAUCGUGGUCCAGGCUUACUGUCCCAUCAUCCGGGGCAAGAUGGACCACCCAACGAUACAGAAGCUCGCUGAGAAGUACAAACGUGAUCCUGCUCAAGUUCUGCUACGCUGGUCUCUGCAGAAGGGAUUCGUUCCAUUGCCGAAGUCAGCAACACCUGCACGAAUUCGGUCAAAUGCGCAGCUAUACGACUUCGCGCUCGAUGACGAAGACAUCUCAAGUCUCGACGCGCUGGACCGAGGCAAGGAAGGCGCGGUCAGCUGGAAUCCUGUUGAUGUCGAAUGA